AUGCUAGUUGAGGGUGAGAACGAGGAAGAUCUACGUCAGCUGUGGGAACGUUAUAAACAAGCAGAAAUUCUGACACAGAAUAUAAAGUGCAUACCGUGGGUGCGAGGAGAACUUGCUUUGGAACCGAACCACGAGCUUGUGUUUGAAGUGGCCCGCUGUCCCGAAAAAGUACGCCACAAUCAAGUGCGUGUACCACACGCCAAAAACAUCAUUUUCCGUCCCUGA